CAAAUAUGUUCCGAUUCGGGUCGCGAAAGGAUGUCAACUGCGAGUUCAAGUGUGCCAUCAGAUUGUUGGACGACAACGAAGUACUUCAGACAGAGUUCAAGCGCGAACAUAAAGGACAAUAUCUGUUGGACUAUGUCUUCAAAACACUGAAUCUCGCGGAAAAAGACUACUUUGGUCUGCGAUUUGUCGACCAAAACAAGCAACGGAACUGGUUGGAUCCGACGCGGUCUGUCAUCAAACAGGUCAAAGGUCUGAAUCCGAUUGUCUUCUGUUUUCGUGUCAAGUUCUAUGCGGCCGAUCCGUCAGUUUUGAAAGAAGAGAUUACCCGUUAUUUUCUUUAUCUGCAACUAAGACGUGAUCUACUUCACGGACGACUGUAUUGUAUGCCAACCGAGUCUACUAUUUUGAUGGCUUAUAUUAUCCAAUCUGAAUUAGGCGAUUACGAUGCCGAAGAUCAUGUCGGCAAUUAUGUCCAAGAGUUUAAACUGUUGCUGAAUCAAAGCACCAAAAUCGAGGUCCAAGUGAUGGACAUUCAUAAGAAUGCUCUGAGAGGACAGACUCCGGCUCAGGCAGAGCUUAACUUUUUGAAGAAGGCGUCACAAUUGGAGACAUACGGCAUUGAUCCGCAUCCGGUCAAAGAUCAUAAAGGCUGUCAACUGUAUUUGGGUGUCAAUCAUACCGGUAUACUAGCCUUUCAGGGCAGUCGUAAGACACAUCACUUUAAAUGGUCUGAACUCCAAAAGAUCACAUACGAGGGCCGUAUGUUUAUAGCCCACUAUCUCAUCAAUGAUAAAAAACAAUUGAUUGGAUUCAAGUGUCCAAACAUAUCUUCGUGUCACUAUCUAUGGCGCUGUACUGUCGAACAAAGAUAUUUCUUUACAAUGAACUCGUCGCGCGACAUACCAUUCGUAACAUCCGGUGGCGGACUGUUUUCGAGGAAUAAACUUCGCUACAGCGGCCGAACCGAACGUGAAAUCAUUGAGGACAUGAAACGAGUGGACAGAGUAUCGACAAGUGUUCACCGAAGCUAUUCGAUAACGUCGGCGCCGCCUUCCAUACGUACUUUGGGUCGAUCUAAUACUGCACCGCUUCCACAUCAAGAAUCACCAGAAAGGUCCAACUAUUUUCACCAUAAAGUGGUUCCAUAUCUUAACUAUUCGACACUAUCUGAACCUUGCGAUGAACACAAUGCACACCACGCGGAUCAGGACACGCACGACCAGCACACCGGCGUCGUCGGCGUCAACACUACCACUGUUUCACUACCGCCGUCUUUGGAUCCAUUCGACGAAGAAGAUUGGGAUAUGUCGAUGGCGUCAAGUUUGCCCACCGAGUUUGAUCUGAGACCCGAUCUGACGCCAACCGGCGAAGAGAGACGUACGCUGGCCUUUGAGACUCCCGAAGUUCGCGCCUCGCCAUCGCAUACGCUCUCACACGACGAGGACGACUCGGACACCGAUGAAACAUACGAUCAAAAUAGUGAUAUUAGUAGAUCAGACAUCAAUAAGAUAGACAUCUCUCAAAGUACCAAACGUUUCGCUAAUAAUAAUAAUAAUACUAAUAUUGUCGGUUCACUUGGAAAGAGACGGCCGCCGCUGAGCAAAGUCUAUGCCAUUGUCCGCACUUCUAUAAUAAGCUCACUACUGGUUUUGUUGUUCUUUACGUGCCUUCUUAUUCUUGUAAUUGAAUCCGAUUCCGAUCUGUUCUCUCAUCUCCGAAAACUGCCUGAAAUUGUUGUCUUAAGACGUGAUUAUUAUGAACCACUUAAAGAUAUGGUCUGGCAAUCAGUGAUCAACAAAUGAUUGACCAAAUUUUUUCUUUACUCUAGAGGCCAUGUCUUAUCUCUCUCUCACUCCAAGAGUUUUUUUUUGUUGUUGAAAAACUAAUUUCAAUUCACUUGUGUUUAAUAGCCAAAGAAAAUGUUAUAUUUUAACAACAACUAAAAGGUUUGGCGCAGUAUUUAAUCAAAAUUUUUAUCAUUUAUUGGACACUUUUUUUUAACUUUAUCUCUCUAUUAAUUUACACAAUAACUACAGUAUUAACAGUAUAUUUUUAUUUCAAUAAUAUAAUUAAUAUCUAAUUAUAAUC